AGAAUUGCUGGAUUUACUUUUGAUUUAUGAUAUGUACUUUCCCUGAGAAUACCGUUAUUUCCUUCAUUUCCUUCAUCUUGACUUUUUCCAUUGUGUUUCAAGUGCCUUUCAUUUGAACUACAACUUGCUUUUAAAUAAACUGCGCUGUGAAGAUGGUAAUCCUGAAAAUAUGUUGCGUAAUUCAUUCUAUCAGUUCCAGGCUGAUCGUGCCAUUCCUGAUCUUGAGAAAGAAAUAAAGGUCCUGGAAGAAGAGAGGGAUUCAAUGAAAAUUGAAGAAGAGGAUAGUUUGAAGAAUCAUUACAAUUUGAUUCAGCAAUAUAAAAGUUUGAAGAAGGAGGUUCGUGAUAUUGUAACGUCACCAAAGUAUUGCAUACCCUCUAUGAAAUAUGGCAAGGUAUUGUGCAUACAAUGCACUGAUGAAGGAAAGUCUCCGUCAUUCUCAAUUGAGGACCCAAUUACUUGGGGAAUAUUAGUAGACUUCCAUCGAGUGAAGAGCAAUCAUGAUGAGAAGGAUAAUCCAUCAUUUAUUUCAUGUCUUGAGCAGGUUAGUUGCUUAAGUAUUGCAUGCUUGAAUAUAGAAAAAGAUCUUUUGCCAUUGGAAGCCGGCCGUUCUGUCUUGGUGCCAUCACUUAUGUGUCUGAACGACCACCUCUCCCCACUUAGUGUUAUCAUUAUCCUUAAUGUCAUCUAUUUCCCACUCAUGCCAUCGAGAGUUUCCAGCUGUCCCAUUGUAGAAGAGGUUCCGUCGUCAGUUCCUCCUGCUUUUGUUACCCUGCCACUAGGGUUACAGAGUCGCCGCUGCUUUUCUCCUUCUAAUCUCAACUCGAUCGGAAGCUCACCUGCUCAUCGGAUUCCACCCGUUAACUCGUGGUAGGUACUUUCUCUCUCCAACAUGGUUGUUUUCGUUUAAGUGGCUAUUUCAACCUUGAUCCGUUGGUUUGGUGCGAAUCGGUAUUGCAGCUUUUUUUUGGUGCAUCGGAAUUGAUUUUGUUUAUGAUUCUUUUGGGGCCUAGAUCUCUAGGAAUUCUUUGCUCUGUUUGGUUGAUGGAGGAACCCCUUUUUUUUUUUUUUUUUUUACUGGAUUAAGUUUUAGGGGCAAAUAAGAGAUCUUGAUUCGAUUUAUAACACUUUAGUUUUGAACUUCUAAUCUGGAUAAAUUAGUAAUGAUUUCGAUUUUUAAUUUUUUCCUCUAUAAUAAUAUAACUAGGCCGAUCACAGUCUUCUACUUGGCAUCAUAGGAUUUAGAUUCCUGGACAUGUCAAAUAUUGAUUUGAUGUCAAUUUGUUAUAUUCGACAUCUAUUUCUGUGCCCUUUUGUGAUCGGUAUUGAUAAGUGACUUAAUUCAGGUUGCUCAAGGGUCUAUGGGUAUUUUUUGAAAUUUUUCUAUGUCAUCCCAGGAUGGUGGAUCGUUCUGGGUUGCAAUUGUA